AUGCCUCGAUCCUGCUGCAGCUGCUCAGGGGUCCUGCUGCUGGCUUUGCUGCUUCAGGUCUCCAUGGAAGUACGCGGCUGGUGCCUGGAGAGCAGCCAGUGUCAGGACCUCACCACGGAAAGCAACCUGCUGGAGUGCAUCCAGGCCUGCAAGCUGGACCUGUCGGCCGAGAGGCCCGUGUUCCCCGGCAACGAGGAGCAGAGGCUGACCGAGACCCCCCGGAAGUACGUCAUGGGCCACUUCCGCUGGGACAGGUUUGGCCGCCGAAAUGGGAGCAGCGGCGGCGGCGCAGGGCAGAAGCGGGAGCAGGGGCUCGCGGCGGGCGACGGCGGCGACGUGCUGCCCGCGGGCGGCCCCGGGCUCCGCGGCGAUGGCCCUGAGUCGGGCCCGCGCGAGGGCAAGCGCUCCUACUCCAUGGAGCACUUCCGCUGGGGCAAGCCGGUGGGCAAGAAGAGGCGCCCGGUGAAGGUGUACCCCAACGGCGCCGAGGGCGAGUCAGCCGAGGCCUUCCCCCUCGAGUUCAAGCGGGAGCUGGCCCGGGAGCGGCCCGAGCCGGCGCGCGGCCCCGAGGGCCCGGACGAGGGCGCGGCCACCCAGGCCGACCUGGACAAUGGCCUCGUGGCGGAGGUCGAGGCGACGUCGGCCGAGAAGAAGGACGAGGGGCCCUACAAGAUGGAGCACUUCCGCUGGGGCAGCCCCGCCAAGGACAAGCGCUACGGCGGCUUCAUGACCUCCGAGAAAAGCCAGACGCCCCUGGUGACGCUGUUCAAAAACGCCAUCAUCAAGAACGCCUACAAGAAGGGCCACUGAGGGCGCAGUGGGGCUGCAUUCCCUGGGAAGCCGGCCCCAAAGCCACCUUUUCGCUGCCCCAGUCCUCCUGCCGCCUCCCAGCCUGGCUCUGGUACUCGCUCAGGAGGUGAUAGCGGCAGGUGUUCAGCCCUUUAAAGCUGUCUGUAGUUAGGAAAUAAAACCUUUUAAAUUUCACACCUGAUUCUGACUUUGAAUGUAGACUGGGUGAAUAAAAUAAAAAUACAUGUGGAUCAAAAAGAGCGGCAUACAUUGGAGGAAGGACAGGAUGGUUUCUAUGUGACCCAACUGUAGUAUCGUGAAAUAGGAAAGAAAAAGACUUCCCUUCCCCAUAACGUUGGAAACCCUGGUGGCGUAGUGGCUAAGUGCUAAGGCUGCUACCCAAAGGGUUUAGCAGUUCAAAUCCACCAGCUGCUCCUUGGAAACUCUAUGGGGCUGCUAUGAGUCGGGAUCGACUCUAAGGCACUGGGUUUGUUUUUUGGUUUUCCCUGUACUGGGCACCCAAGUGGUUUGGGAUGCUGAUGGCUCAGGGUGGCUGUCUGUCCAUAUCAUUGGCCUUUUGCCAUCUGAAAAGCAACGCCCAUAUUUAAACGCUUUUGGAAAAGUCAGUUGUUUACUGGAGCAGUCACUUGAUAGGCAACUUGUAGGUACAUCUAGGGCUAGAAGCCAAGAGGUGGGAGCCAGGCAGGACCUCAGCAAGAUGCACCCUGCCUCAAGCAGUAGAUUGUGCCACUAAUGACAUGAACAGUUCAAGACAGAAGUUGGAGGAAUAUACAAAUGCCACAGCUUAUAACAGAUAUUUCCUCUCAGAAUCCUGCCUUCCAUUGCCCAAAGCUGUCCAGAGCCUCUUUGCCAUCACAGGACUCAGGCAGGAAGAGCUGCCACCCCAGGUGUCAUCUUAUGUGGGAGUCUCAGCAUCCUACGACAAAAGCCUGGGACUUAAGUCCACGAAGUGGUGCCCAGGCCUUGGACCCGGACUUGCACAGAGAGGAGCGACAUGGCGAGGGAAGCUGGGCCACAGCUAGGCCAAGGUGGACAGUUCUAGGGAGAAACUUUAUUACUGUGUUAUUGUCAUUGCUGGUGUCCAUAUCCUGUAGUAAUGAAGCAGCAGCUUUAUUCACCCCACUCCCAGGGGCUUUUCAGGCCCUCCCCAGCGCAGUCACAGGCCAAGUUGCCUGAAAAGAAUGCAUCCACCAAUGUC